UCGCCGGCUCCGCGUUGCUGAGCUUCGGCGCGAUGUCCAGCGAUACGACGCCUCCAUCAUGUCUCUUCAAAAAAAGGUUAAAACGCUGACCGAAGAAGCCUUUGAAACCGGGGGUGAAACGCCGGGUAGUGGCGCCGGAUAUUCAGAUCGGAUCUCCUACCGGUCAAGCAAGGAGUCGAACAUGGCCGAUCCGGACCAAGAGGCCCGACGACAGCCUGAUCCGACGGCGGACGGGUCGUGCCAUGGGAGCACGGCGACGGAGGCGAAAGAGAGUGGAGAUGCACAGAGCUCUGCGUGCCUGACGAAUCGGUGGAGCUUGCGGCGGAGGAAGGAAACGUUGCCGGAGAAGGAGGUGGAGGGUUGUCCUAUAGCCGUCGAGACAACGAAGAUCGAAUCGCAGCCGUUGAUGUCGUUCCUCGAGAUAAUCACGUCGGAUAAGUUGUGCUCGGUGUUCAUGCGAAAGCUCGAAAGUCAGAUGAGCGAGAAAUAUGAGCAGGUGAUAAGGCGGCACAUGGACCUGGAGACGGUGAGGGAGCAGCUGCUACGAGACCAACAAGGGGCCUGGGCCUACAUAACCAUCCACAUGUACCGUGAUUUGCUUCUCAUCUGCAACAACGCCAUCGCCUUCUACCCUAAAGGCUCGCGCGAGUACAGUGCAGCGCUCCAUCUCCGCCACCUCUGUGCACCAUGUCAUCACACUAGCAUGCCAACGUUGCUGGCAUGCGGGAGGCAGCGCGAGGCAGCACUAGAGCCAGUGACGGUGAAGGUAAAAAUGAAGGAGAAGGACAAGAAUAAGAAGGUUGCAAGGAAAACCAGAACCAAGAAAGGGAAAUGCAGCAGCAGCGACCUCACAGUAGUCAAGAAGAAUAAGGUUAGGAGUUCACCACCAGUGAAAUCGGAGGUUGAAAAGAAGAAUAAGAAGAGUGGAAAGCAAUCUGUAAAACAGACCAAGCGCGGUGCUACUGCAUUAAAACAACAUAUUCAACCCGUGAAGAAGAGGAUCGCAUCGUCAGCUCUAGCCUCUACACCACCGCAGAAAAGAGCCAGGAAGGCACAUGAGAUCAAGAGAACAACUGCCAGUGCCAAGCCACCACCAGCUGCUGCUAAGAAGCCACGGCCACGCAGAAGGUGACCCUGUGAUGCUGUAUAAUAUGGUGUAAAAAGCCCCACUUGUAGUAAUUAGUUCUUCUCACUUUUGUUGCUGGGUUUCGUUAAUAAAUGGACCAUGCCUUUUGAUACAGGUAAUUAUAAGGCACAAACUAUGUUGGAAAAAGAGA